AUCCAAGAAUCACAUCACGAGAGCGUAGGGAAAGUUUGAUAGCGCAAUACCAACAGCACCGCAGAACACUCUCAGGAACCAGCGACGAUGACGAAGGCUUGGACGACACCCAGGCCGCCACGUCUACUCCAGCCAAUCAGAAUGCGUCUAUUUUUAGACCCAACGAGCCAUUCAUGGCGGGCAAUGGCAAGAAACGCAUGAGCAUCAAGAACGGAGUAGCUGCACUUCAGCAGAUACUCCCAGACACGGACGAUAAGACCAGCAAAUCCGUGACCCUUCAAAAGGCCUCGGAUCACAUCGAAGUGCUUAACUCCAAGAAACAAAGCCUACUAGUAGAAAGCUCACGUUUACGGGGGGAGAUUAACGCGUUACGUAUGAGUAUAGGGCAGUUCACUCACUUGGCCCCAACGCGUUCAGCGCUGAAGGAUGUGGAUGACUUGAUGGAGAUAGCCCUGCACAAUGUGUGGGUGCAGCAGCGGUCACGUAAUAGUCUGCAGUUUGCCAUG